GCCAACGCCGACGCCGACGCCGCUGCGUCUGGCACGGCCACAAUUCCAUGAUCCGUAACUAAAAAACGUUCAAGGCAAAGCACCGACCAAGCCGAACUGAUCUCUCGAAUUUUCAGAGGAAAGGGGGCGAAAAUGGCGUCUUUGCUCGUUUCCUCUCUUCCAUGUCCGAAGCCAUGUCCCAAUCUCCUUCCUUUCACGCCGACAGAAGCAGCUUCAGUCGCCUGUAAACGUCGGGCUUCGGUCGCGGCAGCUUCUCCGAGAGACGAUAACGACGUCGUGGGCGAUUCUUCUCAGAAAUCGACGAGGUUCGUCACGUUUCUCGGAAAAGGUGGCUCUGGAAAGACUACCGCCGCCAUUUUCGCCGCCCAGCAUUACGCAAUGGCUGGGCUUAAUACAUGCUUGGUGGUGCAUAAUCAAGACCCUUCUGCUGAUUACCUUCUAGGAACCAAGAUCGGGACUUCACCUACGUUAUAUAACGACUAUCUUUCUGUGGUUAGGCUGGAAACCACAAAGAUGCUUCUGGAACCUCUAAACCAGCUCACGUCAGAUUCUCGGCUUAAUAUGACCCAAGGGGUUCUUGAAGGGGUGGUAGGAGAAGAGCUAGGAGUGCUUCCUGGGAUGGAUUCCAUCUUACCAAUGUUGGAGCUCGAGAGAUUUGUCGGGUUCAUAAGGCAAGCAACCCGAAAGAACUGCAAAGGGCAAGGCUUUGAUGUGGUAAUAUACGACGGUAUUAGCAGUGAGGACAAUCUCCGGAUGAUAGGUGUUAGCAGUAAAGCAAGGCUAUACUUGAAAUAUUUGAGGAGUUUGGCUGAGAAGACUGACCUCGGAAGACUGGCAGGCCCUUCUAUUAUGAGACUUGUCGACGAGGCUGUGAACAUAACCGGUAACAGGUCUUCUCUCAAUGGUAUGAAAAGUUCGGAGAUAUGGGAUACUUUGGAUCGUUUCUUGGAGAGAGGAGCUUCUGCAGUAAGAGAAUCAUCCAAAGUCGGGUGCUUUCUCGUGAUGAACCCUAACAAUCCCAUGUCUGUGACAUCUGCAUUAAGAUAUUGGGGCUGUACAAUACAAGCUGGUGCUCAUGUUUCUGGGGCUUUCGCUCUUCCUUCUCCUCAUCUCGAUGAUGGGUCGGAGAUUACAGUGAAAGAGGAGUUUUUGCCGCUGCCAUUUGCUUCAGCGUCGGUUCCACAUCCGAGCACUGGUCUGGACUGGAACAAAGUUCUCCUAAACCGGGCUAACUCCGCUGCUCGGGAUCUCCUUUCGAAAACCUUAAGCCAUGGAAGCAGCCUGAUGACGUCAGUGAUGUUUGAUACAUCAAAGAAACAAGUGACCCUUUUCAUGCCUGGGUUUGACAAAUCAGAGAUCAAGCUCUACCAGUACAGUGGGGGAUCCGAGUUAUUGGUGGAAGCAGGAGACCAGAGGCGAGUGAUCCAUCUGCCAUCUCAGAUUCAAGGGAAGGUAGGAGGAGCCAAGUUCAUGGACAGAAGUCUCAUCAUCACAAUGCGGUAAGGAAACAAAAACCACAUUUUCAAGAAAUUAUUCAUCUUUUUAUACAUAAGAGAUUGUAUUUUAUCCCCCAAAAGAAAUAAAAACCAAAGUGAAAUGAGAUCAAGAAGCUAAGCAUUUCGGACGAUCUUCGGAAGAGUAGGCGAGUUUCUCGUUGCCGUGAACACGAGGGCUCUGAUACUUUGGCAAGACAGAGGCCGUGAUAACGAUGCCGCUGAGCAGAGCCAAGCCGAGACCAAGACCGUUGACAAUCAUUGAUUCGGGACAACGUUUUCGGAUGUUCCUGUUGGUCUGUAAGAACGUUAGCUUCUCCAGUAGCCCUGUCUCGGCCGUGGCAACGGCCAGUCCGUACGUAUAGAGGCCGAGAAA